UUACGACGGCCAGUACCCGCACAACCAGGCAGAAUGAAAUUGAACAAGUUUGUGUCGUCGUCGCGCAGGAAGAACCGCAAGCGUCACUUCCAAGCACCUUCACACAUUCGCCGUCGCCUGAUGUCUGCUCCCUUGUCCAAGGAACUCCGUCAGAAGUACAACGUGCGCUCUAUGCCCAUUCGCCGAGACGAUGAGGUUCAGGUAAUCCGUGGGCACUACAAAGGCAAUCAGGUUGGCAAAGUGGUGCAGUCCUACCGCAAGAAGUUCGUCGUUUAUAUCGAGAAAAUCCAGCGUGAAAACGCUAAUGGCACCAACGUCUAUGUCGGCAUCCAUCCCAGCAAAGUGCUGAUCGUCAAGCUAAAGCUCGACAAGGACCGCAAGGCAAUUUUGGAGCGUCGCGCCAAGGGACGUUUGGCUGCUUUGGGCAAGGACAAGGGCAAAUAUACCGAGGAGACUGCCGCCCAACCUAUGGAGACCGCGUAAAUGCUGCAUCAGCAAGAAGAGUGUCGCCCACGCUGACGUCUUUGUGCUGUUUACAGUUUCUACCGUAUCAUAAGUGAUUAAGAAACAAAAAAGUUCUGUGGAGUGUGAAAAUAUGCAAUUCUUUGUAAUAAAGAAGAGUUUGUUUUUCGAAA